GCCUCCAGCAUGAGCACCACAGUCAGGCAAUACUCCUCCUCCACGUCCCUCAAGGGCUUCGGCAGCCUGGGGGGAGGCUCCAGCAGGCUCUCCUCCGUGCGUGUCGGGGGAGGAGGGUACCGGGCCCCCAGCGUGCACGGGGGCUCCGGCAGCUACUCCGUCUCCUCGCGCGUGGUCUCGGGGCUCGGCAGCGGCUUCGGGGGCAGCUACUGCAGCAGCGCAGGAGGGGGCUUCGGGGGCAGCUAUGGGGCCGGCUUUGGGGCCGGCUUUGGAGGAGGUUUUGGAGGGUUUGGAGGCGGUGACGGCAUCCUGCCGGCGGGGGAGAAGGAGACCAUGCAGAACCUCAACGACCGCCUGGCCGCCUACCUGGACAAGGUGCGAGCCCUGGAGGAGGCCAACACGGACCUGGAGGUGAAGAUCAGGGAGUGGUACAAGAAGCAGGGACCUGGUCCCGAGCGUGACUACAGCCCCUACUACAGGACCAUCGAGGAGCUCAGGAACAAGAUUCUUUCUGCAACUGUUGAAAAUGCCAACAUCGUCCUGCAGAUCGACAAUGCCAGGCUGGCAGCAGACGACUUCCGAACCAAGUUUGAGUCGGAGCAGGCUCUGCGCAUGAGCGUGGAGGCCGACAUCAACGGCCUGCGCCGCGUCCUGGAUGAGCUGACCCUGUCCAGAGCCGACCUGGAGAUGCAGAUUGAGAACCUGAAGGAGGAGCUGGCUUAUCUGAAGAAGAACCACGAGGAGGAAAUGACUGCCCUGCGUGGGCAGGUGGGUGGGGAGAUCAGCGUGGAGAUGGACGCUGCUCCUGGCAUCGACCUGACCAAGAUCCUGGCGGAGAUGCGGGAGCAGUACGAGAGCCUGGCGGAGAAGAACCGCAGGGACGCCGAGCAGUGGUUCUUCAGCAAGACAGAAGAGCUGAACCGGGAGGUGGCCAUCAACACGGAGCAGCUGCAGAGCGGCAAGACGGAGAUCACGGAGCUGCGGCGCACGAUCCAGAGCCUGGAGAUCGACCUGCAGUCGCAGCUCAGCACGAAAGCGGCGCUGGAGGGCACCCUGGCCGACACCGAGGCGCGCUACGGCGCGCAGCUGGCCCAGCUGCAGAUGCUGAUCACGGGCGUGGAGGAGCAGCUGGCCGAGCUGCGCUGCGACAUGGAGCGCCAGAACCACGAGUACAGGGUCCUGCUGGACGUCAAGUGCCGCCUGGAGCAGGAGAUCGCCACGUACCGCCGGCUGCUGGAGGGAGAGGACGCCCACAUCUCCUCCCAGUACUCCUCGGCCAUGUCCUCACACUCUGGCAGAGAUGUCACCACAACGUCCCGCCAGGUGCGCACGAUCGUCGAGGAGGUGCAGGACGGGAAGGUGGUCUCCUCCCGGGAGCAGGUCGCCCUCACCACUCGCUAGGACAGCCCCUGGCUCGGGAGAGCAGCAGGCUAAGCCAAGAAGUGCCCGAGGCCAUGCGUGGUCGGGUUGCGUCCCUGAAUGCUCUCUUCACCUGCUCUUCUUCAUGUGUUGCUCUCAUUCCAUGCAGGUGUCUCUGGACACACUUAAUAAAGC